GAGUGUGGGGAGGUUUAGCUGCAUGUCGAACUACACACUGCCCCAGGGUAAUACGUAGGGAGGACAGAACAGUGAAACAGCGGCUGCCUUAUCGGCAGGAUAAACUGCAACUCACUGCAAGCAGUGACACAGCGACUGCCACACAGGCAGAUUGAACUAUAACUCACUGCAAGCAGUGAAACAGCGGCUGCCUUAUCGGCGGGAUAAACUAUAACUUGCCGCAUGUGCAGUAAAACAGCAGCUGCCACACAAGUGAUUAAAACCAGCUACGCUGCAAGCACAGACAACAGCAUAUUAUAGUGAUCUGGAUCCAGACACUGCUAUUAAGUCAUUACAGCACAGAGGAGCCACUACAAAGGCUUAUCCAGUGUUGCAUAAUGUCACAGAAAAAGUAAUCUCCAUUAAUAACCAGAUCCCAAGUUUUGGUCUCCUCUCAAAGCUCAUAUGUCACUAAUGCUGCCGCCAUUGCCCGCGCAAAAGCAGAAGCAGCAAAGGCCCGUGCUGCCUUCACAGAGAGGGAAAUGGAGGCAAAGGUAAAGAAAGCACUGUUAGGAGCAGAGAGUGCAUGCUUAGAAGCAGAAAGGAAAGCAGAGAGUGCACGCUUAGACGCAGAAAGGGAAGCAGAGAGUGCACGCUUAGAAGCAGAGAGUGCACGCUUAGAAGCAUCCCUAGAAAAACUGGCCAUAGAGAAGGAAGCUGCAGCUACCUUAGCGGAAGCAGAGGCUCUAGAGAUGAUUGUGUACCCUGACAGUGAAAGACACGGCAAGGUACCCGAUCUGGAGAUUGAACCCCAAGAUCCACUACAACCCACUAGAGAGUAUGUCUACCAGCACUUCACGUAGGAUACAAAUUCUCUUUCAGCACAGCAACCAGGCCAACAUGCUGCCCCUGAGCCACCACAAGGAUGCCAUACACCUCCAAAGGCUGUCAGCAAGCUGCAAUUGCAUCAAAGAGGCCAUGCUGAACAAAGUGAUCCUGCUUACAGCACCCACUUCAGCCAGGUACCCAAGCCUAGGGUUAACCCUGCACCAACUUCCUCUGCUAUGUUAAAGCAGUACAUCACAGACCAGCCUAAAAGAGAACUUCCAGACAGGUAUGAUUACACAACACCUUCUCACUAUUACACGCAACCACCUACCUAUCCUGGUACUAACCAGGUCACAAUGGACUUUGCCAAGUUCUUUGCACGGCGCAAGCUAAUCACAAAAGGACUUGAAAAGUUCAACGACCGCCGAGAAGGCUUCAGAGCCUGGCGAUCCUCCUUCCAAAACACUAUCAAAGACUUAGACCUUUCAUUCAGUGAAGAAAUAGACCUCUUAAUCAAAUACCUAGGUACCGAGUCUGCAGAGCAUGAAAAAAGAAUCAGGGUGAUCAACAUAAACCACCCAGAGACUGGUCUCAGAAUGAUCUGGCACAGACUUAACGAGUGCUAUGGCUCAAUAGAGGUAGUAGAGAAUGCACUUUUCAAAAGAAUUGAUGACUUCCCCAAAAUAUCUAAUAAAGGUUACCAAAACUUAAGCAACUAAGUGACCUGUUAAUGGAACUACAAGUAGCCAAAGCUGAAGGGGACUUACCUGGACUUGCAUUUCUUGACACAGCCAGAGGUGUUAACCCCAUAGUGCAAAAGUUGCCCUAUAACUUACAAGAGCGGUGGAUGGUACAUGGGUCAAAAUUCACAAGAAGUGCACAAUAUCCCAUCUCCUCCCUUCACUGUAUUCAUGGACUUUGUAUACCAGUAAGCCAAGAUGAGAAAUGACCCCAGUUUUGAUUUCACUUUGUCACAUGCCACCCUUUCAGUACCUAAUACUUGCAAAGCAGCAGUAACAGUACACAAAACUACUGCUUCCUCUUUAGAUUCUUUUCACAGAUCUGCAGAACCUUCUCACGAGGAGACAAGGCACAAAGACCCUUGUAAGCAGUGUCCUUUACACCAAAUGCCUCACUCUCUUCCGAAAUGCAGAGCCUUCAGAGAGAAGUCCAUAGAAGACCGCAAAACCUACCUAAAAGAAAACAUCUGCUACAAGUGCUGUUCAUCAACGUCUCAUCUUGCCAAGGACUGUCAGGUCAGUGUAAAAUGCACAGAAUGUGACAGCACACAUCACAACACAGCUUUACAUCCUGGGCCAGCCCCGUGGACUGUACCUUACACCAAGAGCGCCAGCAAGCAUGGCGGGGAGGAAGAUGACAGUGCCACAAACAUAUUAGAAGUCAGUUCUCAAUGCACAGAAAUCUGCAAUGGAGCCAUAGGCGGCAAAUCCUGCUCCAAAAUUUGCCUGGUCAAAGUAUACCCAACAGGCCAAACAGAAAAAGGCAUUAAGCUCUAUGCAAUCCUGGAUGACCAGAGCAAUAGAUCUUUCACCUGCCCAGCUUUCUUUGAUGCAUUUAAUGUCAAGGGCCCAAACACUCCUUACUCUCUAAAAACAUGCGCAGGAGUCAUCGAGACAGCAGGAAGAAGGGCAUCUGGCUACCAAGUAGAGUCCAUAGAUGGAAAGGUAUGUCUACCCUUACCAACUAUAAUUGAAUGCAACCAGAUCCCCGAUAAUAGAUCUGAAAUCCCUACACCGGACGUAGCUAAGCACCAGGUACACUUGAAAUGUAUAAUGCACUUAAUCCCCGAACUUGACCCCAAGGCUCAGAUAAUGCUUCUCUUUGGAAGAGAUAUGCUACAGGUCCACAAAGCAAUUGACCAGAUAAAUAGCCCUCACAAUGCACCUUAUGCCCAGAAGCUAGAUCUCGGAUGGGUCAUAAUAGGAGACACUUGCCUUGGAAGUGUACCCAAACCAGUCUGCGUAAACAGCAUUCUGACAAACACACUAGAAAAUGGACACCCCUCCAUUUUUCCAACAUGCCACAACCAGUUCCUAAUAAAUGAAAAACCUUACAGCACCAGCCUGGUACACAUACCCCCAAACAUUUUCAAUGAUAAUCUCACCUGUGAGAUCAAGAUCAUUUGAGAUGCACAGUGUUCCAGAGAACAAAAGAGGAUAACCAAUUGGCAAUGUCUAUUGAGGAUAAACUCUUUCCAAAAAUAAUGAAACAAAAACUAGUUAAACACGAUUCAAACAGUUGGGUUGCCCCUCUACCUUUUAGGUUCAGAGAUAACAACCCAUCCAAAGACAUCACAGAGUACCCUGCUAGGGUGCACAUCUUUGGCAACAGUCUUUCGCCUGCAGUUGCAAUCCACAGACUCAGACGCUCUGCUCAAAAAAGUGAGGUAAAGUAUGGGUCAGAUGUCAGGCAAUUAGUAGAAAAAGACUUCUAUGCAGAUGACUGCUUAAAAUCGCUACCUUCAAGCAAAGCUGCCAUCAGUCAUCUCAAAAGAGCACAGGAAGCACUCACCUGCUCCAACCUCAGGCCUUACAAAAUAGCUUCUGACAACAAAGUAGUGAUGGAAGCCUUCUAUUCACAAGACCAUUCAAAUGAUCUGAGACUUAGACUCGGGAGCUGACUCUUUACUCGUGCAAUGGAGCCUCUGGCUUUUGUGGGACAUAAAGUCUGAUACCUUUGCCUUCCAAGUAAACAGGGAAGAGAAACCCUUCACUCGCAGAGUUGUUCUGGCCACAAUAAAUAGCCUGUGUGAUCCUUCAAGAUUCGCUGCUCCUGUCACCAUACAAGGUAAAGCACUUCUAAGAGACUUAACCCUUGAAACAUCCGAUUGGGACAUCCCACUGGCUCCUGACAAAAAGACUUUAUGGAC